ACAGGAAGAGCGAAGCGCGGGCAGUGAUUGGCUGAGAGACCAUGGCAGCACGAGCCACCAGCCCCGCCCCCCGUGAGACUGACUAAUCUUUAAGGAACAAAAAAGUUUGUUUUUUUAACAACAAAACAAACACCAUAGAAGAAGAAAACAAGAAAGAUGGCGGCGGUGAGGACAGCCGGAGCCUCUGCAGCGAGGUGUGCGUAACAUCAGGCCGGUCUGUGAGCGUCUGUCAGCGGGGAGACGGCAUGACACAGCCCGGGCUGCGGGCAUCAUGGCCGCUGUGACCGGCAACACCCGCACAGUCAUGACAGAUUCUACCGGAGAGUCGCAGCGCGGCGGCCGGGUCCUGGCUCCGGGACGCGGCGGCAGGUCGGCGGAGACCCGCUGGAAGAGACACAUCGUCGGGCAGCUGAAGCACCGAGACCUGAGCCAGCACGCCAAGUUCCAGGACCUGAUCCGCUUCUACACUCAGCUGCUGGACAGAACCACUCUGACCAAGGGAAUCCUGAGCGGCUCCGUCAGACGUCCCUCCUCUGACAGUAGCAUCUCCUCUCUGCUUCACCGGAACAACCAGCUGAAGAAAACUACAGGAGAGCUGGCCUAUCAGGUGGUGCAGCUGCAGCAGCAGAUUAAAAUCAAAGAAUGUGUUCUGGGGGAGCAACAUGCCAGACGGGCGGAGGAGCGGCGCCGGUUGGCGGGUGCGUUUGAUGCUCGUCAGGAGCUGCAUGAGCGGGUGGAGCAGGUUCAGGAGGAGAACGGGGGGCUGAAGACAGAUUACGACGCCCUGCUGGAGCGCCAGAGGGGGGCGGAGACAAAACUCCGGGAGGAGAAGGUGAGAGGGGGACGGCUGCUGGAGGACAUGAUCCACCUGAAACAGCAGGCCGCCGCCCACAUGAACAGCCGCAACGAACGCAAGUCCAGAGCUCGAGAGGCUAACCUGCAGAAGGAGCUGCAGACCGCUGCGAGGUCAAAGGUCACCAUGGACAGUUGUUCCAGCGCUCCGACCUCCAGAUCCUCGUCUCCGAACACUGCGGACCGGACCGAGUCCUCCGAGAGACGACACCGACUGUUCAGAUCAGCGUCGGUGACGUCCCCGAGGAUCCUCUCCUCCAUCAGAGAACUGUUUCAGAAGAGGCGGGGCCACUCGGUCAGCAGUCUGCAGGAGGAUCUGCAGCGUCCUGUCGGGAUCUGUGUGUCCGCCAGAGUCCCUGAGAGGGCGCUACACACACUGGAGGCCCAUGAGCAAGGCAUCAACGCUGUGAGGUUCAGCUCCAGUUCAGACCUGCUUGCCACUGGAGGAACCGACCGAGUCAUCAAACUGUGGGAGAUCAGAGCAGGCGCGCUGACUCACAGAGCGACUCUGGGCGGCAGCACAGAGGGAAUCACCUGCAUCGAGUUCGACCCCACGGGUUUGAGGAUCCUCGCAGCCUCGUACGAUAAGUCGGCCUUGUUGUGGCGGCUGGACGAUUCUGUUCCCAAGUUGACUCUCACAGGUCACAGCAGGAAGGUAACAGCAGCCCGCUUCAGCGGUUGUCUUCAUCAGGUGGUGACGGGCAGCGCAGACAGAACCAUCAGGCUGUGGGAUCUGCACAGAGCCGCCUGUGUGCGGGUAGUUGAAGUUGCGUCGUACUGCAGUGACCUGAUCUGCUCUGAGAACUGUAUCAUCAGCGGACACUUCGACUCCAAGAUCAGAGUCUGGGACACCAGGACGGUCAGCUGUGUUCAGGAGAUUCCUGCUCAGGGGAAAGUCACCUCGCUGGACAUCAGCUCCGACCAUCGGCAGCUGCUCAGCUGUUGCCGUGACGACUGCCUCCAGCUGGUCGACCUGAGGAGGCGGAGCAACGAGCGCAUGUGCUUCAGAGCUGACGGCUUCAAAUGUGGCAGCGACAGCACGAAGGCGGUGAUCAGUCCAGACGGUUGCUUCCUCGCGGCCGGAUCAGCUGACGGUGCAGUUUACAUCUGGAACGUCUCCACCGGCAACCUGGAGAGCCGCCUCCCUGACAAACACAGUUCGUCCAUCAGUGCCGUGUCCUGGUCUCUGUCCGGUGAAUAUGUCGUCAGUGUGGACAAGAGUCGGCGGGCCAUCCUCUGGAGUGACAUCUAACACGGCCAAUCCACGAAUAGGUCACGUUGUCACAGCAACACGCCUCGACAUUAAAAAGAAACUGAUCUGGGAGCUUUCAAAGGGAACAUUUGUGGGGUUUUUAUUAAGCUAUUUGUUUAUUGGACAAAAGGGAUGUGAAACUUUCUGCUCGCUGCUUUUUUUGCACGUGCAUUUUAUAAUCUAACUCUGGAGCAACAAGGGAAACGUUACCAUAACAUUAAGCUUUUUUACAGUUUAGGAGUUUUUAACUGGUAUGAAACCGCCUCAAUGUCACACUGAAGCCUCUGUAAGACGUACAUAAGGAAAGGAGAUUGUGGAUAUAGAUAGACCCGUCACCGGGUUCGAUUCCUCGAAAACAUCAGACCAAAUUGUUUGCGACACGCAGACUGGAAGAGUCUGUGUUUACAUUUUCACCGUAUACAAAGUUUUGCAGUGAGUUUUACGUUAGCCAGCUAAAAGGAAGCAGGAGGAGAUUUUAUGUUUUUGACGUUAUGUUUAGUGUUUAGAUACUGAGGCGGGACCAGCAAAGACAAAAAUAAUUGACCAAAGAACAAAAUAAAGCUAAAAGGGACGCGAUGGAGAACAGGCAAAAGCAAGAAUCAACCUCGGUCGUGUGUAGUAUAUAUAUUUUAUUAAUGAAAUAUACUGGAAGACGUGGUUUUACAUCAAUAUAUGAUGAUAGCCAGAUACAUUACCUCAUCGCUGUGCGUCAGCUGUUUGAAACAGAAAGAUGCUAUCAAAAAUACGUUACUUUGUUUCACUCAACAAAUGCAGGAACUAACCAGAUCCAAGUCUUCCGACACAAUGAAGGGCUGCUCAUGGAAACACUUCCACUUCUGUCCACACGGGGCGCCUUCAAAACCUGCAAACAAAACAUCAAAACAUUUGUGAAACAUUCCACAGAGGAGAUAUAGUGUAGAAACACGUAGACAUAGGGUAGUAUCACGUAGACAUACGUAGAAACAUAUAGAAACACGUAGACACACGUAGAAACAUAUAGAAACAUAGACAUACGUAGAAUCACGUAGACACACGUAGAAACAUAUAGAAACACGUAGACAUACGUAGAAACGUAUAGAAACACGUAGACACAUGUAGAAACAUAUAGAAACAUGUA